AUCCAAAGGACAGAGUCCCCCCACAGGAUCAGAGCCUCCAGACGCACUUUGUGUAGAGCACAAAGCCUUCCUCAUCAUCACUUUUAAGGGGUGCAUCCACGUGCUUUCUUCAUACUUGAACAGAUCUAGAGAUUGCAGACAUGGUGGUGUUCUUCAGAUUUUUGCGUUGGGGAGCUCUGAUGGAUUCCUCUCUGGGUCUUAUCAAUGUGGCAUUCUUUUGGCUGCUUUUGACGUGGGUUUUGGUGGGGGUUUUGAGAAAAAGGAGAGAUGGUGGUGGUGCAGAUUCAGAAAAUGAACCAACAAUGAGAAAAUCUACAGUUUUUACCGUGGUUUCUGUUCUGUCCAAUGCAAUAAUCUGUGUUUCUCACCUGGGUUUUUGUUUGUAUGAGUUCUGGAGUCUGGAAACCAUCAAUCUUGUACAUAUCUUCUCAGCCAUGACUUGGGUUUUAGCAGCCAUAAUCACAGUAUCAUGUUUCAGAAACAGUACUACUAGAGAAAACAAAAGGUGGCCUCUAAUUCUUACUUCGUGGUGGGUCUUUUCCAGCAUUUUGAGUUCGCUUUCUGUUUCAGUCUAUCUUGUCACCCGGUUAAAAAUCCUAACCCUGCCUGAUUUUUGGCCUGAUUUCGUACCUCAAGCUACCAUUGAUGAUUUUGCUUCUCUAAUUCCUUUGUGGAUUCUUCUCUGUUUCAAUGUUCUGCCUUUUAAUUGUGGUAAGAAACGCAGUGAUCUUGAACACCCAUUGCUAGAAAGUGAGGGAGGAAAUCUCUCUCAUGGUGUUGAUCCUUACAGCAGUGCUGGAAUUUGGAGCAAACUCACAUUCUUGUGGCUCAAUCCACUCUUCAGAAAGGGCCGAGUUCAAAAAAUUCAGUUACACCAUAUCCCUCCAGUUCCUCAAUCUGAGAAGGCUGAAACGGCCUCUUCCUUGUUAGAAGAAACGCUGACGAAACAGAAAACUUCAGUGACAAAAGCUUUGUUCUGUUCUGUAUGGAGAUCCCUGGCCAUAAAUGCAGUUUUUGCAGGGGCAAAUACAAUUGCUUCCUAUAUGGGUCCCUUCUUAAUAACACACUUUGUGAAUUUCUUAUCCGGAAAGGGUGAUGAUUCAAGCUACUAUUAUGGGCUGGUUCUUGCAUUGAUCUUCUUCAUGGCAAAGACUCUGGAAUCUCUAUCACAAAGACAAUGGUACUUGGGUGGGCAGCGGAUUGGCAUCAGAGUGCGGGCAGCUCUCAUGGUACUGGUUUACAAGAAGUCUCUAUCGAUCAAGUAUGCUGGCUCCAAUAGUGGGAAAAUCAUAAAUUUAAUCAACGUGGAUGUGGAUAGAAUUGGAGACUUCUGCCUUUGUAUUCAUGGAGUUUGGUUGCUUCCAGUUCAGGUUGGCCUGGCUCUUGUCAUCCUUUAUAGGAAUCUUGGUGCUGCCCCAUCCAUGACUGCUCUAUUUGCCACUGUUUUGGUGAUGGUGGGAAACACCCCAUUAGCUAAAAGACAAGAAAGGCUCCACUCAAAGAUCAUGGAAGCAAAAGACUCGAGAAUCAAAGCUACUUCAGAGACUCUGAAGAGCAUGAGAGUCUUGAAACUGCACUCUUGGGAGGACACCUUUUUGAAUAAAAUUAAGGAACUUAGAGAAACCGAGAGACAUUGGCUAAAGAGGUACCUCUAUACAUGCUCAGCAGUGGCCUUCCUCUUUUGGACUUCUCCCACCUUAGUUUCAGUUAUAACAUUUGCUGUCUGCAUUGUAUUGAAAACACCAUUAACAACAGGUAGAGUUCUCUCAGCUUUAGCAACUUUUCGAAUCCUGCAAGAGCCCAUCUACAACCUGCCAGAGCUCAUUUCCAUGAUUGCUCAAACAAAAGUCUCCAUGAAUCGGAUCCAACUCUUCAUCCAAGAAGAAGAUCAAAAGAAGCUCGCAACCUAUCCUACUUCAGAAUCAUCUGAAGUCUCCAUUGAUAUUGAGGUAGGAGAAUACGCUUGGACAUGUGAUGAAAAUUUGAAGCCAACAAUCAAAAUUGAUCAACGGAUGAUAAUUAUGAAAGGUUACAAGGUUGCAGUUUGUGGGUCAGUUGGAUCUGGCAAAUCAAGCUUACUCUGUAGCAUACUUGGCGAGAUCCCCAGGAUCUCUGGGACAGGAAGUAAGGUAUAUGGAUCAAAAGCUUAUGUCCCACAGAGUGCUUGGAUUCAAACUGGGACAAUCAGGGAUAAUGUGUUGUUUGGAAAGGAAAUUAACAAGGCUUUCUAUGAGGAUGUCUUGGAAGCAUGUGCUUUGGAUAGGGACAUUCAGCUUUGGUAUAAUGGAGACUUGAGUGUUGUGGGAGAGCGAGGGAUGAACUUGAGUGGAGGGCAAAAGCAGAGGAUCCAACUGGCAAGGGCAAUCUAUAGUGAGUCAGAUGUGUAUUUCCUAGAUGAUCCUUUCAGUGCUGUUGAUGCACAUACCGGAGCACACCUGUUCCAGAAAUGUCUUAUGCAAAUCUUGUCUCAGAAGACUGUCAUUUAUGUCACCCAUCAGCUGGAGUUCUUGGAUGCUUCAGACCUUGUUCUGGUGAUGAAGGAUGGCAUAAUAGUUCAAUCUGGAAAAUAUGAAGAUUUGAUUGCAGAUCCAAAUAGUGAACUUGUUAGACAGAUGACUGCCCACAACAAAUCUCUAGACCAAGUGAACCCAUCCCAAGAGAACUGCUUCACCAAUAAACCCCCGCAGAAAAAGAAAAUUGACCUCAUAGAAGAAAAUUCGCAUGACCCCAUCAGCAAUGGCAAGCUUUUAGAUGGAAUCCAUAAGGAAGAAACAGAAUCUGGUCGGGUAAAAUGGCAUGUUUAUUCAACCUUUAUCACUUCUGCCUAUAAAGGAGGUCUGGUUCCAGUUAUCCUUUUGUGUCAAGUUCUAUUCCAAGGGCUGCAGAUGGGCAGUAAUUACUGGAUUGCUUGGGCAACUGAGGAAGAAGGCAGGGUUAGCAGAGAGCAGUUGAUAGGGGUAUUUUCUUUGUUGUCUGGGGGAAGCUCCAUAUUCAUAUUAGGAAGGGCAGUUCUGUUAUCAACUAUCGCCAUUGAGACUGCACGCCACCUCUUCUCUGAAAUGAUCAAAGCAGUUUUUCGGGCACCCGUUUCAUUCUUUGACUCAACCCCCUCAAGUCAAAUCCUCAAUAGAUCUUCUACAGAUCAAAGCACAGUAGACACAGACAUUCCAUACAGAUUGGCUGGAUUAGCAUUUGCACUUAUUCAGCUAUUAAGUAUCAUUGUUCUCAUGUCCCAAGUUGCCUGGCAGGUCUUCCUUCUCUUUGUAUCCAUCCUUGCGAUCUCCAUAUGGUAUCAGGCUUACUACAUUGCUACUGCCAGAGAAUUAGCUAGGAUGGUUGGGGUUCGAAAAGCUCCAAUCCUCCACCACUUUUCAGAAUCUGUCGCUGGGGCAGCAACAAUUCGUUGCUUCAGUCAAGACGAUCGCUUCUUGAGAAGAAAUCUCAGCUUGAUUGAUGAUUAUUCUCGUGUUGCCUUCCACAACACUGCCACAAUGGAAUGGCUCUGCGUUCGGAUAAACUUUCUUUUCAACCUUGUUUUCUUUUUGGUGCUUGUCAUCCUGGUGAGCUUGCCGAGGUCAGCCAUUAGUCCCAGUUUGGCAGGACUGGCAGCUACAUAUGGUUUGAAUCUAAAUGUUCUCCAAGCCUGGGUGAUAUGGAACCUAUGCAAUGUAGAGAACAAAAUGAUUUCAGUGGAGAGAAUUCUUCAAUUCACCAAAAUACCAAGUGAAGCUCCAUUAGUGAUUGAGAAUUGUAGGCCAAGCCUUGAAUGGCCAAGCAAUGGAAGAAUAGACCUCGACAACCUCCAUGUCCGAUAUACCCCUACUCUCCCAAUGGUUCUCAAAGGUAUAACUUGCACCUUCCCAGGAGAAAGGAAAAUUGGUGUUGUGGGCAGAACAGGAAGUGGAAAGUCAACAUUAAUCCAAGCUCUCUUCCGAGUCGUUGAGCCCUCAGAAGGCCAGAUACUCAUUGAUGGGGUAGAUAUCAGUAAGAUGGGUUUGAAGGAUUUGAGGUCUCGCUUGAGCAUAAUUCCUCAAGACCCAACACUGUUUCAAGGAACCAUGAGAACUAAUUUGGAUCCUCUAGGAGAGCAUUCAGAUCAAGAAAUCUGGGAGGUGCUGAACAAGUGUCGUCUUGCAGAGAUUAUAGGACAGGAUAAGGGGCUUCUUAAUGCACGAGUUGCAGAAGAUGGAGAAAAUUGGAGUGUUGGACAAAGGCAGCUUGUUUGCCUGGCUAGAGUUCUACUGCAGAGGAGGAAAAUUCUGGUGUUGGAUGAGGCUACAGCUUCAGUGGACACGGCAACAGAUAAUUUGAUUCAGAAAACAAUAAGAGAAGAAACAAGCAAAUGCACAGUCAUCACGGUCGCCCAUCGCAUACCCACUGUCAUUGACAAUGACCUGGUUCUGGUCCUGGAUGAAGGCAAGGUUGUUGAGUAUGACUCACCGCCUCAGUUACUCAAGGACAGUUCUUCUGCAUUCUCGAAAUUGGUGAUGGAGUUCCGGAGGAGAUCAUCCAAGAGUAGUUCGUCAUGAAAAGAUGGAUGAAGGGCAGACACCAAAGGCACAUAUGGUAUAUAGUUGAGGGAUGACUGUUGCAGGCUUUAGCAGCAGAUACCUAAAAUUCGACUCGCAACGCCUCAUUGCAAUAACCCAACAAUAGUGCAGAGAAAUAUACUGAAUUUGGUUCAAGCAUAACAGGAUCUCAAUUUACAGUCUGUGAAAUAACCUUUGUAAUUACUAAUUACACUGCUGGGCUGCAUGUACAUUUGCUACAGCAAUACAGAGUAGUGUUAUAGAGAGUCAGAGAUAAGAAACUGGUCUCAUGAUACCAGUCACCGCCUUCAUGAUAUUUGGCAUACCAACCUUGUAAUCUUCAAAAUUGAAAGAAGCCAUCCUAUUUUCCCUA